AUGUCAUUAACUGGAAUACUGCUGGACGUCUCUGGUUCAAUGGAAAGUAACAUUGGAAGUGGCACUGAUGAAGAGGGUGGACCGUGGGCUCGUUCCAUCUUUAAAGUUAUUGAUGACCUUAUCGAACAUGACGUUUCUUGUGAGAAUCAGGUUUUCGCUUUCGGCGUCGGCGGGAAUGGUAGCCAAGAGAUUUUUGAUGUUAUCGGGAGUGUUAAGAAAAUAGAGAACACAAAAAUUCCUAGCUAUACUAAAAAUGUGCCAGCCACGGAGGACCACAUCGAAAAGGUGCUGGAAAUCCUCGAACGUAAUGGCGCAUAUAGCAUACGGAGAUGGGCGAAUGUUAAUGUCAUUCAACGUGCAGUAUCUGAUUUCGUGAUUGCAUUGAUUUUGAUGAAACUUGAGUGUGAUCAACAGUUUCUCAUAAGGUUUGUGUACGAGUUUUUACCGCAGGCUUGUCGAGAAAUUGUUCCUAAUAUUCCUAUAGUUGGUUUCUUUGGAAAUAUGCUGCUAAAUGCAGUUGCUUAUUUCAGACCCGCUACAAUAGAAGACAUCCGUCAAGUUGUACGAAGUGCAAAGUGCUAUUUUCUAAGAGGAGUCGGGACGCACUCCGUAUUUAGUGUCCAAGAUGCCUCCCACAUUGUUCGUGGUUGUGUUGAUGAAAAAGAACUUUCAACUGAACGAAGCCGGGAGUUGCUGGAGACGGUCGAGCCGUUCAUUUACGGAAGAACGCCAUUGUAUGAAGCACUUGAUGAGGCAACACAAUUGUUUCAGGGAAACACUGCGGAGAAUAAACUGCUUUUUGUCCUGUCAGAUGGAAUGCCUACGGAUGGUAGUAAUAAAGAUACUCAGAAGAUUAGAAGUGCUGUUUCAAAGCUGAGAAAUUCAGGCGUCAAAGUAGUGUCCUGUUUCAUCACCAGAUCAACGGAUAUUCAGCCCAAACGGCUGUACGACAAAAUGUCAUCUAACUGGGAGCCUGGUGCCAAGUUUCUCUAUUCGUUAAGCUCUGAAUUGCCAACAGAGCUUCUGCCUUGCGCAAUUUUGGUGAGGCGUGGUUGGACUAUCGACACCGCCAACAACGAGACCAAACUGUUCGUGCAAGUCAACCAUCCCGACAACUUAAGGGAAGCUUGCGACAUGGCGCGAAAUGUGGUCUUUUCACAAGAUGCCUUGGCCGACCUCCUGGUAUCUGUCGAUCUAGAUAUAUACAUCAACCAAACCAAGGGUAGUUUUAAAGCGAAGGAACAAGUUGGAGGCACUUGCUACGCGAACGCAUGCGCUGCUGUGCUCCAUUUAGCAAUGAAACGAAUUCUCGGUCGAGAAGACGGAUACCCAGAUUUCCAUGCAUUAAAAGAUGAAAUGAUUCGGAUGUAUGGAAGCGACGGUGCUUAUACCAUUCGAGUUCUGCAGACACUAUGCCCGAAAUACCGCCUGCAUUGCCAAAAAGCUAGCGUCAAACAAGCCAUGGAAGCCAUUGUUAAAAAGAGGCCUGUGGUAGCAACAUUCUGUCUCACGAAAGAGGAGUGGGAAGCUUUCCGUCAUUUCUACGCCACUAACCCGACUAGUGUACUCACGGCAGACGAAAUCAACGUACGACAACGUCGCGAGGGUGCCGUCCUAACAGGGCAUGCAGUCGUGUUGACAAGCUACAACAGCAAAUGCUUGACGCUGAUGAAUUCCUGGGGUUCAAGUUGGGGUGACAUGGGAUUCUUCAGGGUGAAAAAAUGCAGAGGUGCUUCGGCUAGAGUUCGUUGA